CCACCCACAGGUUCAGGUACUGCAAGCUGGUUUAAUUUCACUGGAAGUCUCUUUCUGCUUCAGUCUGAACUGCUCUGUGGCCUUCAUCCUCCUGUUAAACAUGGCUUAUUUUAAAAACAUUCUGUUUUUGUUUCUAAUUUCUGAGUUAACAGCUCUUCAGCAGGAUCUUCAGGUGAGAGUUGCAGAUGACGUCACUCUCCAGUGUCAGAUUUCCACAGAUGAAAUAAUCUCAGUGCUGAAGUGGAGCAGAGCUGACCUGAACACAGACGGCUACGUCUACUUCUACAGGAACAAACGCUCCUAUGAAAACUACCAACAUCCAUCUUUUCAUGGCCGAGUGAAGCUGAGGGACCCGGAGAUGAAGGACGGAGACGUUUCUCUGAUCCUGAAGAACGUUACGUUUAAUGACACUGGGAUUUAUGAGUGUCACGUAGCUGUGAGGAACCCUGGGAGAAGUAAAAGAGUUCACACUGAGAUCAGUCACUUCAUCAACCUCACAGUUACAGCUGAAACACAUGAAAGUGUGUUGGAGAAACAAGUGAUGGAAAAAGGAGAUGGAGAUGGAAACAUGCAUGAUGCUGAAAGGGUCGGAGCUCCGACUCAGCAGGCCAUUAUUCCUGUUGUUGUUGUUGUUGUUGUUGCUGCUGUUGUUGUUGUUGCCGUUGGUUUUGUGAUACACCGACGAACUUGUCAACAUAGGAAGGAACGUCCAGUCAAGCUUCCUACUGAGGAUUCAGGUGAAGUGUAAUGAAGCUACUACAGAAAUGCAUAAGCUCUGUUGAUGAAAACUAAAGCACUGACAUGUUACAGCAUGAACACAUUUGAUUACGUUUAUUUUUAUACAACUUUUAACAAAUUAUUAGAUCAUCAUGAUAAACCGAGAAAGACCACCCAGCAUCACAAACUGCUUUAAUACGGGCUCUUCAGUGAGUUCUUGACUAAUAUAAUAUAUAUAAUAUAAUUUUGAAUAAAGAACUUGCUCAUGCUGGUGGAGAAAGCCACCAGUCUGUUUCUGGUGGACAGAAGCAUAAAAUAAAUGAUUUUGUAUUCACCAUGACUAAAUUCUAAUACGUUUGUUAAGCUGUGUACAAAUACAGGAAUAGGACCACAGUCACUGAAUGCACGUCCAGAACACUCACAUUUAAUACUGGGAAUGACCGUAAAUGCAUUCACACACUGCAGGCCACCAUCUCCAGUCUACUUCACUUUUAGUCUUUUUUUGGUUUGAGUGAAAUGAUUUUUUAUCAAUGUUUUUCUUAUUCUUCCCUUCUGUUUGUGUUUUUUUGGAUUCACAAAAUUUUGAGGAAAAACCCAGAUGGCAAAAGUUUGUUGAAAAACUUACAGAUGACCAGAAUUAAGUGCAGCCCUGACCUUUAGUUAAAAAGGUUUAGCUUGGAUUCAUGGUUGUCACACACAGACUGCCCACCACAGAGUCCAGACCUUUAUUCUUAAAUGAGAAUCUGUGGGAGAAUACACUUUUAAUGCAACUGCAGAUUGAAAUAAAUGUUUUGCUUUACAUUUACUCAGUUAAACAAUCACCACAGAAAAUGUUUGCCUUCGUCAAAGCUAAAGGCAGUCUAGUAAAAUGUUAGCAUGUGCCUUUCUUUGGCUGUGUAGUAUUGAUACUGAUUAUAGUGAUCGGUUCAAGGUUUUAUUUCUUACAACAUGUCUUUUAAAGGCUGUUCAAAUUUAGCUGCUGUAACACUGAGAUGUCUCAAAGCUUGAGGACAAAGGCAUGAAAAACUGCACUUUUAAUUAACACCGAUCAACUUAAAUAAGCAAUCAAAGACAUAUAUUGUGCACUGGCUAAAAUAACUUAUGAAACUAAUAGCGAAUAUCUCUGAUCUGGUUCAAUAAAUGACUUUAAAAUGAGAACUUUCUGGAUGUGCUUAUGGCAGCGUCACAGAAGUGCAAACCAGGAAGUUAAACGCUUUUUUGCAUCAACAUUCCUAUUCCUUUGUCAUGCUGAAGGGUGUUAGAAACUGCAGGUUGCUUCCUUUAAAGGUAGUAAUUUAUGCCAUCGUCCAAGGACUCACUCAUGCUCUGUGGCCAAUGAUGCAGUUAUUUCAGUCUAAAAAACACAGCCUACUCACUUUUCCUCAGUCGUUGAUCCUGUUCCUGUCACUCACACUUCUCCAUCGGAGCAGCUCUCUCAGUUUCUGCUUUGAUCCGUGCUGAUGCUGCCGAGCCAAGUUUUCCAGCUGUCUUUACAGUCGACGCACCAUCUUCAGUACAAAUGUCCGCACCCAUCUCAGGCCGGAUCUCCUAUUUGGUCGUUACUUAUGACCCUGUGUAUAAAUCAGGAAGUAACAGCCCUUGAAGUUUCCAAAUGUGUAACAACACAAACUACCAACAAAGGAAUAAAUAAGUCCUACAACAUGCAGUGAAACACGGGGGCGGCUCCAAAGUGUGUCUGUGGUUUCUGUCUGUGCUGCUGCACCUUGACUCAUUCUCAGUUUUGUUUCUUUUAAGUUUUAUUGUGUCUUACAAACUAAAUGUGAGAAUGUCACGCGUGAAUAAAUAGAACAAAUACACAAAUCCGACCUUUAUAUGAUUCAGAGACAGACUUAUCUAACUGUGUAAAGGGAUUUUUUUUUAACCUAUGAAUUUAACUAUACGGUAAAAUUUGUUAUUUCACUUUGACAUUUUACAGUAAAACCCAUGAACCAGGUCAGACUUCAAUCUCUGAAUUUAAGUCAUUCAUUGACUUUGUUCAGUGAAGUUUCCCAGAGAACCCAUAGAAACUAAUUUAUUUCAAUAUACCUAUUUAAUAUACUUAUUUACUGGGUACUUGUGAGCGACAGAGGUGUGAUUUCCUUUGAACUUUGAACUUUCCUUUAAAUCAUUGUCAUCUCUCAGUCUCUACCAUGCUGUCAUGGAUGGCUUCUCUCAACGUGCUCUUGUCAUUUUGUUUGAUUUCUGCAUCUACCGGUGAGUUAAACCCAGAACUGAAAAUAAAUGGAUUAUUACAAAUUGUAAGUAAUGUUGAAUCUGUAUCAUUCUGAGUAAUUUCUUUAAAACGUGUUGAAAGAUCAUUUCAGGUUUUUUUUUUUUUUUGAGCAGCAAAUGUUGCAGUCAAAUUGUGCAAAAUAUAACAUUUCCUGUC